GAGCGCUCGCCGUCUGCGGAGCGGGACGCGCAUGCGUAUUGUCCCCGGUUGGUCGGCCGCCCGGCCCCGGGGAGAACGGCGGCUCAAUGGGAGGAUGAAGGAGAUGGUCGGAGGCUGCUGCGUGUGCUCGGAUGAGAGGGGCUGGGCAGAAAACCCUCUGGUCUAUUGUGACGGACACGGGUGCAAUGUGGCUGUCCACCAAGCUUGCUAUGGAAUUGUGCAAGUGCCCACAGGACCAUGGUUCUGUCGAAAAUGUGAGUCCCAGGAGAGAGCCGCCAGGGUGAGGUGUGACCUGUGCCCACAUAAAGAGGGAGCACUGAAAAGAACUGACAAUGGAGGUUGGGCACAUGUGGUAUGUGCUCUGUAUAUCCCAGAGGUCCAGUUUGCUAAUGUCUUGACCAUGGAACCCAUAGUGUUGCAGUAUGUGCCUCAUGAACGUUUCAAUAAGACCUGUUAUAUCUGUGAGGAACAAGGACGAGAAAGCAGAGCUGCAUCUGGUGCCUGUAUGACUUGCAAUCGGCAUGGCUGCCGGCAGGCAUUUCACGUGACGUGUGCUCAAAUGGCUGGCCUGCUAUGUGAAGAGGAGGCUCAGGAGGUGGAUAAUGUCAAAUACAUAGGAUAUUGCAAGUACCAUUUCAGCAAGAUGGUGAGAGACCCACAGAAGGUUACCCGUCUCACCUGUCCAUUUAUCCCAGGCCGCUGUAGCCGAUCUGAGUCCCCUGCUUUGGAGAAGCCAGUUCUAUACCGAGAGCGUCAGAAAAGGAGUCAUAAGGACAGGGAACGGGUCCGGCAUAGGAAGCAUCGUGAUUCCCCUGGUCAUUUGACAGCUCCUGCCCUGCUGCCCAUCACUGCAGAGAAGUUAGAGAGUAGUACAGACAGUACAGAGGUCUCCAGGUCAGAUGUGAAAUCAAAGAAACAAACCCACAGAGGUCGCAAAACUGGGAAUGGAAAAGGAACUUCUGGGGGUGCCCCACCUAUAGGGAGCGCAUCUUCUCCUUCGGACCUGGUCAACUUUCCCAAACUGGAGGAGCAAGAAGCAGAAUAUGAGGAUGAUGAAGAAGAUGAUGAUGAAGUUGGAGGUCCAUCCAGACAAACUCCCCAUUCUCCACCAGAGCUCACUUUCUCCAGCUUCGGGUCAAUCAUGCGUUUCUCCAGCGAUUCAAUGCAAUACAGCAGGCCAUGGGACCCCUCCCCGGGGGAGCUUCGAUCCCAGAAGUGGUUAAGAGAGGGAACUGAGCCACCACGUGAGAAGAAACACAAGGGUAGCAGGAAGAGCAGACAUGGCCCUGGGCGACCGAAAGGGAGCAAGAAUAAUCCAAACCACAGUACUGCAUCCUCCACCUUGCUUCCUCCACCUAGGCAUUACACACACCCUUCCUCCAUGCACUGUGUCGGUAUGGAGUCCUCCAUGCUCUCCUCAGGUAUAUACACCAGUAAUAAGGACCCCAUCUCUGUGAGGACGGCUUGCAGUACACCGCUUCCUUCCAGCCUCCUGUCUCACCAGAGCUCCCUCCCACCAUACAGCAGAGCCUGCUCCAUCACUCCAUCUCCCACUGCUUCUACCACACAGGUAUUCUCACUGACCGGCACUACGUUCAGUAUCCCCUCUUCUCAUAUUUUCGGCAGCUCCCUGUCGAUGCCUCCUCUUCUUAGUCAGGCUGACAACAGUCGUGCAGAGCCUGAGUUGGAAGAUUGCAGUUUUGUAUGCAGAGGAAGUUCACCCCGAGAAAGUCUGUCCUCAAUGUCACCCAUCAGCAGUCUGCCCCCCUUAUUUGAUCCAAGCGGCUCGUGCAGUCAAAAUGAAAGUGUUCCUCAGAUCACUGCCAACCUUGAGCAACUCUUGGAAAAGCAUGGAGAAGCAGGGAUUAAUAUUGUAGAGAUGCUCCAGGCCUUGCAUUCCCUUCAGAAGGAAAAUCGCUCCUUGCAGGAUCAGAUAAUGACACUUACUGCUCGUAAGGAGAAACUGCAACUACUGAAUGUUCAACUGUCCUCCCCUUUUCCGCCAACCCAACCACAGACCAUCUCUGCCCAAGUGGGAUCCCACGACUCUCUUAGCAAUAGGAGUCCAAAUUCCAAGAGCAGCUUUCGCAAUGAGAACUCUCUAUCGUCUGAGGAGACACACUCUGGCUGUCCCAGCAGAAGUAGUUCCUGUUUAUCUUUGCACAGUACCCCACCCCCUGGUCCUGUUCCACAGACAGGGCCCUCUCUUCCUCCUAUAGCAGCAGAGCAGCUAAUGAAUGGAUUGAUGCGAGCUACUGGCCCUGGUGGUCCUUCAACGCUUGCUACCAUACCUUUACUGGGGGCUCUCUCUGGGGGCUCUGGAACACUGUCAUUGAAUGGAAUACUGGGAAGCCUCAACGGAGGGCUUCAGGGAGCCACAGCACUAUCCCAGCAUACUCUGCGCAGUGGGCCUGCCACUGCACAAUUACCAACCAGUAUAUCACCCCUUACCUCCUUAUCAGAGCAGCAGAGGCAUCUUAUCCAGCAGUUACAGCAGAUUGCCUCGUCACAUCCGUCUUCGGAUCAACAGAAUAUCUUGUAUCAGCUUGUUCAACACAUCCAGCAACGACAGGAGCUGCAGCGUCUAAUGACAUCACCGCCUGCUCCACCACUGCUUCCUGUCACAUCCACCUGUAGCACCAUGGCCUCCUCACCUGCCCCUCCCAUACUGACAGCACAGCCACCCACUUUUCUGAGUUCACAGAGUGAAGCAGGGUUACAGAAAAGCAUGAGGGGAAGUGAGAAGACCCCCACAAACCAUGACAAGGGAUAAGUUAAACCCCUUCCACUCACCUCCAGUGGACUUUCUUUACCAAAGUGAGCAGAAGAAACAGGAGGGAAUGGACCAGACAUAAAGAAGAUAUAGGCUCAUCAACAGGAGAGCAUGUCAGAGAAAAAGCGGUGUCGAAAAGACACAGAGGCCAAGAACACACAUGAUAUUCCAUAUAUAAGCAGCAAAAUAAACAGUGUGUAUUAAAGUGUAUGUAUGUGUAUGCCGUCCCACGUAGGUGCAUGUGGCAUAGUGUAAGUGGCACGUAUACGUGUACAUUAACCAUGUCUAUACCUUUUAUAGGUGUAUAUUGGUAGACCACAGAGAGAUUGCGAACAACUUAUGUUAUGUGUCAAUCAUGCAGUGCAUAUAUAUGUGUGUACACACACACUUUAUAUCUGCAGUCUAAAAUCUGGGUAGCCAGACCACUGGGGCCCUUAUGUUUGUCCAUUAAUUUUCAUUCUUUAGGCAGGUCCAUGUUUUCAGAUAUAUGUUUUGAGAGUUUGGUUUAUUGGCAUUGCUUUAAUCCCAAAUGUGUUUGUUUUAUUUGCGCCAGUGAAUAUCUCUUUUCAGAUUCCACUAGGUUUAUUGUUUAUUUUCAAUGUAAAGCAAUGCUAUAUGAACCCUACUUUUAACAUGGUAGCCUCCCAGGUAAAAAAAAAAAUUGUAAAAAAAGACCUGGCAAAGCCUGUUGAUGAUGUUCAUUGAGCCUUGAUAGUGUUAAGCAACUUUACACACGUGCUCAGAAUACAGUUUGUUGUAUCCCUUGCUUUAGUCCUCUUCUUAUUUUGGGAUCUGAGCCAUUCCUCCCUUCUAGAUGAAAAGCUUCGCACUUUGGAAGCAAAUAAUUGUGCCCCUGCGCCAAGAAUCUUGUAGCUUCCAGCCUAAUUCCGUUCUCUGGCGUCAGGGGCGGAUCCUGAAGCACCUUGUGAUACAUAGUAUCAAUCCUCAUGAAGGAUAAGCGUCUCUGCGUUAUGCUCUCUGUUGCACUGUCCUUGUGUUUUUACUUGUACAUGAGACCCAUAUUAUAUAUAUAUAUAUAUAUAUAUAUAUAUAUAUAUUUAUAUUCUAUUAAUUUCACGUUUCCAUGUGUGAAUUGUUAGUUUCUAUACAGAGAGCAAUAAAUGUAGCUGUUUAUAUUGUGAAUCCAUUAGCACAGGAUGUAGAUUUGUGUCAAGCCGGGUCUUUGGAGGCAAAUAGGAAAUAUUAUCUUCUGGGGUUCUGUUUAUUAUCCAGAGCAUACCCCAAUAUUUUGCACCUUCCAAAAGUCGCUUUUGGCGUCUUAAUGACUGUUUAGUACAGAGGAAGCUUUGUUUUCCAAAUGAACCCUAUAACUGCUGUAAGUUGUCUAAUUCUUUUGUAAGAUUAUGUGCUAAAUGGUUCAUUUUGAUUAACUGAAAACCGAAUUGUAUAUUCUAGGUCAAAAUUCAAGAAAUUUUCUAAUUCAACUAUUUCAGUUAAAGUUAGUUCGCCACAAUUCACUACUGAAUAAAUGCAUCCAUUUUGUGUAGGAUUUAUUAAAUCCUAAAACUAUUCUGUACCAAACAACUAGUACAUAGAGAGUCUAUACAAGUUAUCAGAACACCAUAUAUAUCAUGCCACAGUAUCUACUACUGACCCCAAAUUUCUUAUAGUCAUCUAAGGGCUUGUCAAAUAUUAAACUUUCUCUUUAAUUUAUAAUUCCAUGUUUUCACAGAUCUAUACCAACACAUGCUGUCAUUAUGUAAUUUGCAGACAAGUAUUUUGCAAUAUCACUUAGUUGGAAGGUAAACACACGUGGAAAAUUGACAUAAAUCAAAUUAUAUGAUUUUGUAUAGACUUGGUUAAUUUGAUGUUCAACAUAGUUUAGAUCCAGCAAAGAUAAUUUUAGACAGAAUAUAAUGCAAUGUGUAUUUUUAAAUCUUCAGAACAUUCUAAUGGAACAUAUCAUGCAGGAUAGGAAGAACUCUGCAUUACUUGUAAGAUGAUGGUAAAACCAGAUUGUUGUUUUUUCUUUAACUAAAAUCUCAUGUUUUGGGAACCUGAAGACUACAAGCCACUCUUCUUAUUAAGCAAUUUCAGUUUGUGAUGACUUGCAGAACGUCUACAAAAGCUUGAAUGCUGUUUUCAUAUGUUUGUUUAGUCCAAGCAUUAUUUAAGAUUAUGUUUAAGGAUGCAAGUAUUAUAUAGAAGUUUAACCCAUCCGUUGGCGCUGAAAAGGGUUGACUGUUUUUUUCAUCCGUCCUUACCGUCGAGAGAAUGAUGGUUUGAUACAGCUGAGAUAUGUUCAGAUGGCUGUGUCCUUGAACAGGGUGCCCAUAGGAUAUAUAAUCCUGCAGUAUACUUGAAUGACGAGAAGUGGGUGUCAGAAACAGGAUCGCAACAAGAAAAAUGUUGAUUAAGCUUUCAGUUAUGUUUAAAUGCCAAAUGUAGCAAAGGAAUCCAUAACUGCUAAAAUAUAAAGCAUGGCUUAUGCCUUUACCUUCAAGACACAAGGAGUAAUUUUUGUUUAUUUUUACAUUUUGCGUUUUUGUUUGUUCUUUUUAAUGUCUAUGCAGUGUUGCAUAGCCCUGUGUUAGUAUCUGUUAGUAAAGCCCACCCAUAAUUCUGUAAUUGUUUUUUUCCCGUCCCAUAUGGUGGGUUAACUGCUUGAGAUCCUGGUUUCUUAUCAGUUGAGUUUAAUUCUGCUUUUAGAGUAUUAAUUGUUCAAUAAUUAUAAUCUUAGAAUUAUAAUCAUCGUUGCAAUGAUGGCUAAGUUGGUGGUGCAUGUGUUUUUGGACAAUGAUUCCAAUUUUGCAGAGCUGUUUGAUGCUCAGAAAUGCAGAGAAACAUGACAGUUAAAGUACAAUAACCACAGGGGAGCUGUAGCUAUGCACAUAGACUAUACCUUUCAAGGUUUAAUAUCAAGUGGAGAAAAAGUGAACAGCUUUAAUCGCUGUCACUUUGUCUAUUUCCCCGAGAAGCACUUUGUAGUUGAAACAUGCUGCACAAAUUUUAAUCUAUAGUUAGAGUGUUUUACCUUUAAAAGUCAAUUGGCAAAGGCUGGGGAGGCAAAAGUAGUGUUAAGAAAAAAGUAGGAAGAGUCAGUUGGGUAAAGGUUGUAGGGAAUUUGGCGUAAUAAUUACAUAAUUUGAGUGGCUUAACCCGGCCUGUCUCACAUUAAUAGGAAAUAGGAGCUAUAAACAAAUGGCAACCUUGAUUUGACUUACUAAAUCCAGAGUUAAGUCCUACAACUUUGGGUGAUUUGGAGCAAAUAUAGUAUUACUUACUUGGCUCUAGUAUGGUUAAUUAACAAUUAGCAGAGCAGUCGGGUCCCAAUUAAUUUCCAUGUAGACUUGAAUCAUUGCACCUUAAUUGGCCAUGAGUUUCUUGCUGAUCAACCCAACUAAAUUGGACACUAUUGUUACACCAGAUUGGAAGUAAUAAUUUUUUAAGACCGUACACAAAUUGACAGCUCUCAGAUUUGCACUUUAGAAUUAUUGCCCAUCUAGUCUUCUCCAUCCAUCUUGUGAUUUAGUGAAUCCGGUCUAAGUCUUAUACUCCCUUAGUUGUUUUGUGCACUGGAUAGAGAAGAUGAGAAACCAUAGCUUUGAAAAGUUUGUCCAUGGACUGUACUUCUGCUUCUUCUGUCCUGGGGAGCAACAUAGACAAAAUGUGCAAUAGGGGCAAAAUGGACAGGCAAGAUAAAACUCCCUGUCUGUUGAGCAGGUUUAUUAUGACCUAUACCCAGCACAUUUAUGUGGACAGUACAAGAACUAACUAUUAGUUUUACUAAGUCCUUGAUAAUAACAAAGAUUAAACGUGAAGUUUAGAUGGAGUAGAGAGUAUCACAUUGGGAAUAAUGAAGUGGAGUGAAGGUCACCUCCAUCUGGUUCUCUCCAUUUUGCUCUGGGAUAUUCUUGUGUAGGUCUUAUUAUCUGCUCUCUAAUUGUGGCACAUUUAUUUGCCGACUAUGUAGUCUCUGCCUUUUGACACUGCCGAAAUCAGUCUAGCAACAAAUAAACAGAUGACCAAAAUAUUAAUUUGGUAGAAGUCUUUUAAACAAUAUAUUAAAUCCCCUUCCACAAGACAGACCACAGACAUCUCAACAAUUCCAUAUACAUUUAUAUCUGUGUGUCCAGUUUUGGAAAAGGAAGCUUUUAUAAUUUCUCAGUGGGUUUGUGGAACACCAGCAGUGGAUAUUUCUGAAGAAGGUCCGUAUAUAUUUCCUGGGUGAUUCUAUUCCUGUGAAUCUACUGGAAUUCAAAUGGUUUUUUUUUGUUUUUUUUUGUUUUGUUUUUUAAAUUUGGGGUAAAAAGCUUUUACAUUUUUUAAUAAAAGUAAUUUUAAAAAAACAUUGCAAGAAAAAAAAAAAAAAGGUAAUUGAUGUACAGACAAUGAAUUUUCUGGUGAAGGUAACAUUAAAUUACUCCUGGGGUGAGUGUGGUAAUUAUCAACAUAGGUUUGCUUUGCAAAAACCAUCUAUACGGACGGGAGUUCAUACAUCAUUAGCACAUUGACAAAGAAUGAAAUGUAACUGUAAAAUGGCACCAAAGUGUAUCUCAGUAAGCAGAAGCAAGAUAUUUUAAUGUGGCAAUUCAGAUGAAAGAUGCAUUAUUCUAAAAUCUAAGUGUGUCUCAAUCCAGUUUCUUCACUAAAGUGCAUACAUCCCAAAUCACAAAUGUUGAUAAACAAAUAUAAACCAUUAUGCUGCUGAAUGCUCCCAGUGGUUUAUGGGAGUUGUAUUCUGAGAAAAAGCAGGACCGCCAUAUUUAGCUGGAUAACACUCCUAAAAAAAGUUUCGAUAGUGAAUCAGUAUGUAGUCUAACACUACAAAAAGCUUGCCCUUAAUUUCAUCUCAUUUUUAGAUUUCAAAUUCACGUUAUGAAAUUUUAAAACGGCUUAAAAAUCUAUUACAUAAAGCAGUGCAUUAAUCAAGCGUAAUUAAAAUUAGCAUCAACUAUUUUUUUUUCUAAAUUGAUCUAGAAAUUAUGCAGCUAUAGAUAUGAUGUGAUGUAGUGUAAUCAUUACUUAAUUUCUGUUAAUUAAAUAUAAUAUAAAGAAAGUUUAUAUUUUUAGGAGGAGUGCAUUUGCAUACAUGCCAUGUGACUUCUUGGAAUUUUUAGAAGUGGCACCUGUCUUGAUUGUCUAUUAUCCCCACUUAUAAAUAUUACUAUAGAGGCAGAAUUGAUUUGGCUCUGGUGCGUUGAGUAAACACUGUAACUGGUAGGUCAUUUUGAAAUCACCUUUCUCACCUCAGGAGUAUUUGGAUAAAUUUCAUGCAGUGUCACUUUAUGGAUUCCACACCAGAAUCUUCCCAUGCGUACACACCCAGUUAUUAUUAAAUAAAUGGUUUUCUAGUUUUUAGCUAUUUAUAAUGUGUAGUUUUAUUAAAUAAGGAAAUAAAUAUGACAAAAAAAAGAACAAAUCAGUUUUUUAUUUUCCUUUUUCUAGCAAUCUGUUUUGUGUAUCCUUUCACAGGAUCCCUUUGUAUGCUUGCAUAUAUCCCCUUCUUUCCUGUAGUCUCCAUUGUAAAAGGGUAUGACGGAUUGUACAGGGGACUGUUUUAUCAUGUCUAAAUAAAAUGUCUGGUUUUGUUGCUUUUUAA